AUGUCCAAUAUCAACAUUGUCCCUUUUCCCGACCAGAACUCCACGAACCACGCACGCGAAGAGAACCAGGAUUGGAACGACAACCAUCAUAUUUUUUCAGAUGUGCGGCACAUGAAGGCCAGCAGGAAGGAACCCAGGAUCAAGCGCUGGUUCCACAACCUAGCACAGAAGUACAACAGCACAGACGAGCAAUACGAUGAUGAGAGAAGUCCUGAAAGAAAUUUUCAUCCGAGCGGUACGUCAAAUCUAGUACAAGAGCGUAGCUUAUCGUUACAAAGCAACGAUAUUUGCGACGAAUGCCGCAGCCUUAAUCUAGAUACUCUGAUCAGAGAAAUUCAAGGUUCAAAUUCUUACUUUGUCUCGGCGCAAUACACUGCUCCUUGGGUAUGGGAGGAAGCCUCGGAACUACGGGCGACUUCGCGGCUACGGGCGAGUGUCGGCUUUCGAUACCGACGACAACAAAAUGCCUGCUCGCUAUGUCGGGCACUUGCUGCGUCUCGCAUAACUCCUGAGACAAGUUCCAGCACGGGAGAAACUGAAGUAAAGGAUAUCGGUGAUGCGAUUUUAGUCACGCGGUACUACCCGUCUCACCUCUUGAGGGUAUUCCGCGAGUCAAACAAGGUUGCUGUGUGCCUCUGCUUAGUACCAUUGGGGAGAGAUCUGGGUGUUAGAGCCUACCCGGAUCAGCACAAUUUCCAACGUGCUUUGGUCAUGCUUGGUAGCUUCGAUGUUCCUGACUUAUUCGAUCCGCAACUUUUUUCACCCUCGUUCGAUUCCAACCUCGUAAUGUCAUGGCUCAAUUACUGCACACAAAACCAUCGACUACUCUGCCGUUUCGAACCGUUGCCCGUACAUGGCGUCAAAGUCAUCGAUUGCACUACAUUACAGAUCGAGGAUCACAACGUGAACACACCUUAUGUCAGCUUGAGCUACGUUUGGGGCAAGUCAAAGGAUGCAUGUGGGCCUGUCGAGACUAUUAGAGGAAGAAAGAGUCUGCCGCAGCGAUUAUCACCAGUGAUAAGAGACUCAAUUCAGGUUACCAAGACUCUGGGAUAUCGAUAUCUCUGGAUCGACAAAUUCUGUAUAGACCAAGAUGCCGCUAAGCUCAAACACGAUCAGAUACAACAGAUGGAUGCGAUUUACAAGAAUUCAGAACUCACCAUAAUUGGCGCUGCUGGCCAAGAUGAAUCGUAUGGUCUUCCAGGCGUCGGUGCUAGAGGCCGCCGACACCAAUUUGUCGCUAAGCUUGACGGCGCGACACUAUUCUGGAACCCAAUCGACCCCCAUGAAGUAAUUUCACUAUCUCAUUGGUCUACCCGUGGCUGGACGUUUCAAGAAGCUCUGCUGAGCCGCCGCAGACUUGUCUUUACUGAAGAUCAAGUGUACUUUCAAUGUAACACCAUGAACUGCUUCGAGAGCAAUCACUGUGCGCUGGACAAGCUACAUGCCAAGAACAGAUCCAAGACUAUUGAAUCCGUCCGCGCUGGGAUAUUCGGGAAUAGCAAGCAUCAAAACCCCGGGAAGCUUGUCCGCGAUGAGGAGAGCUUGAACGAAAGCUUUGGUCGAUACUUAUCCAAUGUGGAAGACUAUACCAGCAGAAAGCUUAGCUUCGACGAAGAUUCACUCAAUGCUUUCCAGGGCGUCAUUAGACAGUUCUCGCAGGAGAAAUAUGCUAUCAAUCACGUCUGGGGUUUGGCAUAUCCUUCAGACUGCAAGGAAAGCUUGGAUCUUUUCGUCCAUUCGCUAACGUGGAUGCAUCGGACUAAGGCUCGCCGUCGGAACCUGUUCCCCUCAUGGACUUGGGCAGGCUGGGAGGGAAAGAUCAUUUAUGAAUCUUGCAGUGGAACCAAAACUAGAUUUGUCGGUGGACUGCAUGACUUGCGUUUCCGAACGACAACUAAUAAGUUGUUGGCUUUGGAGGAAAUGGACGAAGAUAGGAAUCACGCUAUAUUGGUAAUCACGGCGAAAGUAGUCUCACUAGCGCCCGAUGCCUAUCAUGGUUCAUCACCCCAUUCUCGUAGGGCUGCAAGAAAGUCACGCCCAUGGAGCAUAGCUGGGCGUGGUGCAAGACUGUGGUGGUCUAGUAGCGACCAAACCGAUGCAGAAUUAGCAGAGGUCUUCGAAGAGACCUCAAGAUGGCAGUUCGUAUUUGUCGGUCGCCUGCUCCUCACCUCUUUCUUGAUGGUAUUGGAGUCAUGUGAGAAUGGUCGAACCUGGCGACGAGCUGGAAUGUUUGUAGUCGACGCAGACAUGACCAACUUUCGAAGCCAUGGAGACCAACGAGUCUCUACAUUUGAGAUAGAAUGA